UCUAAUAUCAGUGUCUCUGAAUCUAAGCAGUUCAAAACCUUCAAACCAAGGCACACUGAGAUAGAAAGAAGAAAAAUAAAAUGGUACAGGUGAUUCCCACACACAUAAAAGAUGUCUAGGACACAUGGAACAUCAGAGGAUUGGUAAUACUCAGCCUCUCGAUUCAGACAGUUCUCAUCAUCUUUGCUCCAUUGAGGAAACGAACACCCAACAGUUUCCUGGUUAUGGUCCUGUGGCUGUCUUAUCUCUUAGCAGAUUGGUCUGCAAACUUUGCAAUCGGUCUCAUCGCUAAGAACCAAGGGAAAGAAUUAAAACCCGAAGAUCCUCCUCAAGACCAGAAGCUCAUGGCUUUGUGGGCACCGUUCCUGCUCCUGCAUCUUGGUGGACCAGACACUAUCACUGCAUAUUCUCUCGAGGACAAUGCGCUUUGGCACAGACACUUCCUCGGCCUUGCUCUACAGGCUAUUGCAGGUGCAUAUGUGGUUAUCCAGUCUUUACCUAAUACUCUUUGGUUGAUCAUAAUGCUUCUGUUCAUUGCUGGGACCUUUAAGUAUCUCGAAAGGACGAUUGCGAUGUACCUCGCGAGCUCGGACAAGUUCAGGGGCUCAAUCAUCAAGGUGUCUGGUUCGGAUUUUGAUGAAAGAAACCGCCCAGAGUAUGCUAGACAAAAUAGACCACUAAGAAUAACUAAGCCUAUUAGAGAUUUGACACACCUGGACAGUCUUCAGUUUGCUUUUUGGUUCUUCAACAACUUCAAAAGUCUAAUGGUCAACAACAUCUUUAGCUUUGAGCAGCGGUACGAGAGCAGGGAAUUCUUCAGUACAUUGAAACCCGAAGAAGCUUUGAGGAUUCUAGAGGUGGAGCUCGGUUUUAUCUAUGAAGGCUUAUACACAAAAGUUCGGGUUCUUCAUAGUUGGGUUGGGGCUGUGACUCGGACCAUAGGCUUGGGAUCUCUUCUGUCAGCUUUUUUCAUCUUUCAUUUUAGACACAAGAAGAUCAACGAGUUUCAUGGAGCAGAUAUAGUGAUCACCUACACUUUGUUCUUAAUUGGAAUAGCUCUGGAUCUAACAGCACUCCUCAUGGCCAUACCCUCAGACUGGACAUUUGCUGUAAUCAGUAGGCUAAACGAAGACGAGGCAGACAGUGGCUCACGGAUAGACCCUGCACUCAACUGGUUCCUCGGUUUAAAGAAGCUGCGCUGGAAGAAGCAAAACUGCUGUGAGGGAACAGUCGAGCAUGAGGUGCUGAACACGCCGUUUCUACUCCAAAGAUGGGCAGGAAGCAUCAAGACGUUCAACUUCAUUGCGUACUCUGUCAAAACAGAUGUAGAGAGGAUCCAUGACACCAAGGAAAGAACUCGUUGGCGUGUAUGGAAGGCAAUACUUCUCCCUUCCAUCAGUACCUUCAGGAAACUGUGCGCAGGUAUCGCCAUUUUGAUUCAGUAUAUCAAAGAUGUCAUGAAUCAGUGGUCUGGAAAAUAUCCGGUAGCUCAUUAUGUUAUUGAAUUCUGGUUCAUAGUACCUCGUUUUUUCACAUUUAUUGGCAACAAAGCCACCAUCUUACUCGGCAUCAAUGAUCUCCUCGAUGAGAUGACUCUGACAAGAUCUGUACACAGUGAGCCUUUGACAAAACAGCUGUGGAAGUUCAUAUUCACUCAGCUGCAAGACAGACUCAAGCGUCCAGCCAAAGCAAAAGCCGGAUGGAAAGGAUGGGCUUCUGGCAACACCGAGUUAGAAAUGGCUGAUUUAGAACGAUUGCUGCCUUAUAUAAAAGAUGUUGAUUACGACCGUAGCCUUAUGCUGUGGCACAUAGCAACUGAGCUGUGUUACCAAGAGGAAGCAUCCGCUAAAGAAAUCUGUUAGGACCGUGAGUUCAGCAAAAUCAUCUCAGACUACAUGAUGUAUCUCUUGAUUAUGCAGCCCAAGCUGAUGUCAGAGGUUGCAGGGAUGGGGCAGAUCAGGUUUAUAGACACAUUGGCUGAAGCUGAAAGGUUCUUCAAGAGGCGGCGAAUUGAGAACUCGAGGGAUGUGAGAACAGCUUGCGAUCACAUACUUAAUGUCAAGAUAGAGAUUCAUCCAAGGGAUGUCAAAGGAAAUCAAAGCAAGUCUGUGUUGUUCGAGGCAAGGGCACUGGCGAAAGAACUCAAUAAGGUAACGUAUCUAGACGAAAACAAGUGGACAGUAGUGAGCCGAGUGUGGAUGGAGUUGCUGUCCUACGCAGCAAGCAAUUGCGACGCUACGGCGCGUAUGGAGCAGCUUAGCAAAGGAGGAGAGCUGAUCAACUUUGUUUGGCUAGAAAUGGCUCACCUCGGACUUGGAGAUUAGGUGGCAUCCUCUUCAGCAAAAGAGACCACACUAGUUUUAAGGUAACUAAUUACAAGUGUCAACUGUUGUUUCUGUUUUGGUUACUUUGUGAACAACCUGAGCUAUCUCUGAUGUCUUUCGUUAGCAAGUGUGCCUGCAAACA